CAAUCAGAAUUUUCAAACCAGAUAAACAAUCAGAGCGAAAGUGAAUGGGUUUUGCUUGACCACAAGUCAGUUCGUACUCAAAUUUGAACAAAAAUGGCUCUCGACAGGCGUCUGAUCAACAUCGUCCUUCUGGGCUUGGCCUUCAUGCUGGUCUUUACGGCCUUCCAGACGAUGGGGAACAUCCAAAAAACCAUCAUAGACAGUAUUCAGCAAGAUGAUCCUGACUUCGAAGGCGAUGGUUACGUUAGUCUUUCUAUAAUUUACGCUGUUAUGUCAAUAUUGAAUUGGGCAGCACCAUCUGUGAUAUCCGUAAUAGGACCCAAUUUCGCUAUGCUAAUUGGAGGCGUUACAUAUUUACUCUUCAUUAUGAGCUUCCUGAUCCCUAGAACCUGGCUCCUCUACUUAGCCAGUGUAAUUAUAGGCUGCGGAGCCGCCGUAAUAUGGACAGGACAAGGCAACUACCUCACUCUAAAUUCCACACAAGCCACCGUUUCAAGGAACUCUGGAAUUUUUUGGGCAAUGUUGCAAUUCAGUCUGUUUAUCGGAAAUCUGUUCGUCUACUUCCAAUUCCAAGGGAAAGAGCGUAUCGAAGAGUCAACCAGGAACCUGGUCAUCUGGGUUUUGUCAGGAAUUGCCAUCGCCGGACUCGUCGUCAUGAUUCUCCUACCCAGACCCAAGAAAAACACGGAGACUGAUAUGCCGGCGGAAAGACAACAAGGACCCAUCGAGGCGCUUCGUGGCGCCGUUAAGCUGUUCUUCACCAGAGACAUGCUUCUCCUCACGAUAACUUUCUUCUACACAGGUCUGGAAUUGGGCUUCUUCAGCGGCGUCUACAGCCCUAGUAUCGGCUUCACUAAACAGUUCGAUAACUCCAAAGAACUGGUUGGUCUUUCUGGUAUCUUCAUUGGCGUGGGGGAGGUGUUGGGGGGAGCAGCUUUUGGUAUCUUGGGUGCUAAAACUAUCAAAUGGGGCCGGGACCCUAUCGUCAUUGGUGGAUUCUUAGUCCACGUGGUCAGCUUCUUCCUCAUCUUCUUGAAUCUUCCGAACAACUCGCCGUUCAAAGACACCAUGGAUACAGCAAUCAUCACCAGUAGCAAGGAAUUGGCUAUCUUCUGCUCGUUUCUUCUAGGAUUGGGAGACUCGUGCUUCAACACCCAAAUCUACUCGAUUCUCGCUGGAGUGUACUCGGAGAACAGCUCGUCGGCUUUUGCUAUCUUCAAAUUUACACAGUCGGUAGCUGCCGCCAUCUGCUUUGGUUACUCCACGGCGCUCAUCCUCUAUGGACAGCUGGCGAUUCUUCUGGUUUUCGCUAUUCUUGGCACUGCCAGUUUUGUGAUAGUAGAAUGGAAAGUGAAAAAGCAGGCUCUAGCCCAAGGUGUGCAUGAUAAUGAGAGUGCGAGUGAAGGGAGUGCAGAUGACUUGACUUCAAAAUAGACUUAGAGUGUGGGUGGGUCUGAAUGAGUAUUUUUACUUUUUUACGUACAUUUAAGUAUUAAGAUAGCCGUAACGUAAGUCAUUUGCAUUCCCUUCAUUGCGUUGAAUGGCUUCCAAGAAGCUCCAUUAAAAUAAUAAACAUUUAGAUUCGGCAGGUGAAGAGAAAAAAUAAUGUUUGCUGACGCUUGGUGACAAAUAAUGGUUUUAUCUGUGAUGGAAAACUUUAUGCUUUAGUGAGACUGAUGAAGCUGUAAAUUUAUACACUGUUGCCAUUUUUAAUUAAAUUAUUAAUUGUUGAUAAUUUGUAUAUAAUGUAUAUUUUAUUAUGCUGAGCAUGUCAGAGAGAUUAUGUACAUAGGAGUCAAAUCUGUGACGUGUUCAGGUUUUGAUGAUUACAUGAUUAUGUAUUGUUACGCCAUUUUUAACCCGUCGCAAGCACUGAACAAUUCUUAAAUAAAUUAUGUUCGUAAA